UGACACAAACAACCCUGAUAUUUGAACGCGUUUUAGAUGAGUUUCUGCUCGCUGAGCCACAGAGCGCCCCCUGGCGUCAGUACCCCUAUAUCACCGGUUAAUAACAUUUUUCCACUCGAUGCAUGGUAGCAUAGAAGCUUUUGUGUCCGUGCAGGCCGCCAUACACACUCGUCUGUGUUUGCAGUUUACAGCCUUACAGCACGAAGCUGAAGAUACCGACAGUCCUCUUAACCAGGUUCAGGAUGGCAUCAACAGUGAUCUCAGUGCCCACCACGGCGUCACGCUUCGCUCUGCUGCAGGUCGACUCGGAUUCGGACACUGAUUCGGAUGCAGGAAAGACAAAGGCCGGUCGUGGAGCAGGGAAGCCUCGCUCGGGGAAAUCUCCCAGUGGGAAGACCAACCAAACUACAGACAAAAAGAAAGAGAAGAGAAGACGAAAGAAGGAACAGCAGCAGAGUGAAGCCAAUGAGCUCAGGAGUCUCGCUUUUAAGAAGAUCCCUCAGAAGUGUUCGGCACCUCCCUCCCUCACGCUGCAGGAUUUAGCGAAUGAUCUGAUCAGCCCGGCAGCUGUCCAGCGUGGCUCCAAGCCCCAGGAGAACUGGCAGGAGUGGAAACAGAGAGAUGAACAGCUGACCAGUGACCUGUAUGAGGCGGAUCUGGAGAAGGCGUUGAUGCUGAGUAAAUUGGAAUUUGAGGAACAUAAAAAGGAUCCUGAAAAAACAGAGACUGCGUCACCGAAGACAAAGGCGGGAGGAAAGAAGGACAGGAAGAAGAAUCAGCAGGGGAAGGACAAGCGAGUCACUGUAUCUCUCAAAGACUUCCAGCAUGAGGAUCAGCAGAGUAAGAAGCCUGACAAAGAGCCUGUGAAUCCUGCACUGCGUGAUGAGAAGUUUUUUAACCAGCUAGAGGAUGAUGUGAGCAAGAUCGUCCAGCGUGACAAACGCAGAGAGCAGUACAGCAACAGUGCCGGUCACGACGUCAACACCUCCUCAGAGCAGGAGCAGGAUGUGAGAACUGAGCAGUUAAAAUACGAACUGGAAAAGAAAGACCUGGAAAUUGGAAAGUUGAAAAAGACAAUUUCACAAUGGGAG